AGAGGCCCCGCCCAUCUUCUACCCGAGCUUGGAGUACCCGGAUGAGGGCGCCCUGUCGGGUCUUUGGGGAGUAGCGGCGGUUUCUGAGGUGGUGGACGCGGGCGAGAGCUGGUCGCGGAGGUGCGCCGACGCCUCCUCCUCCUCCUCCUCCGGAGCUGACCCGCCGACCUCAUCCCUACUCCGCGCCCCUCGCCCUUUCCCAGACCCCGUCCACUCCAUCUUCCUUGCUCCAGGAGCCUUCGGGGUUGUUCCUCCUUUUGGAACCGGAAGGUACUGCAGAGGCCUAGAGAGGGGAGGAAGGUGACAUCAAUUUGUGCACCUCCCAGACUAGAACCGAGAUACUGCUUGCCAUUUUCACUGUGCUCAGGCCCGGUAGCACCCACGGGAUUGCCCAUCCUCCGGCAGCUCAGUGCGAAGGUGUGAACUCAACUUCCUUCAGAGCCUCCCCACCAUGGCCCAUUUCUAGAACUGAUCUGGAGGAAAACAGGCCUGGGCAGACCUGGGUUCAAAUUUUAGCCUACCACCAACCAGCUGUGUGACGUUUUACCAAAGACUUGACCUCUCUGAGCCUCUUUCCUCAUCUGCAGUUUAAAAGACCUCCAAGAAGCUAGUGAACUCGGUGGCAGGCUGUGCCGAUGACGCCCUUGCUGGCCUGGUGGCCUGCAACCCCAACCUGCAGCUCCUGCAAGGCCACCGUGUGGCCCUCCGCUCUGACCUGGACAGUCUCAAGGGCCAGGUGGCACUACUGUCGGGUGGGGGCUCUGGCCAUGAGCCCGCCCAUGCCGGUUUCGUAGGGAAGGGGAUGCUGACAGGGGUCAUUGCGGGAGCCGUGUUCACCUCCCCGGCAGUGGGCAGCAUCCUGGCGGCCAUCAGGGCAGUGGCCCAGGCAGGCACAGUGGGGACCCUCCUCAUCGUGAAGAACUACACUGGGGAUCGGCUAAACUUUGGCCUGGCCCGGGAGCAGGCCCGGGCGGAGGGCAUCCCUGUGGAGAUGGUGGUCAUCGGGGAUGACAGCGCCUUCACCGUCCUGAAGAAGGCAGGCAGGCGUGGGCUCUGUGGCACAGUGCUCAUACACAAGGUGGCGGGUGCCCUGGCCGAGGCAGGUGUGGGGCUGGAGGAGAUCACAGAUCGGGUGAGCGAGGUCGCCAAGGCCAUGGGAACCCUGGGAUUGAGCUUGUCCUCCUGCAGUGUCCCCGGUUCCAAACCCACCUUUGAGCUCUCAGCCGAUGAGGUGGAGCUGGGCCUGGGGAUCCACGGGGAGGCUGGCGUGCACCGGAUAAAGAUGGCGACCGCCAACGAGAUUGUGGAGCUCAUGCUGGACCACAUGACGAGCUCCUCCAACAUGUCCCACGUGCCUGUGCAGUCCGGCUCCUCAGUGGUGCUGAUGGUCAACAACCUGGGUGGCCUGUCAUUCCUGGAACUGGGCAUCAUAGCCGACGCCGCCGUCCGCUCUCUGGAGGGCCGAGGGGUGAAGAUUGCUCGUGCCCUGGUGGGCACCUUCAUGUCAGCCCUGGAGAUGCCUGGCAUUUCCCUCACUCUUCUGCUGGUGGAUGAGCCCCUCCUGAAACUGAUAGAUGCUGAGACCACCGCCUCGGCCUGGCCUAACGUGGCCAAGGUCUUGGUGACUGGGCGGAAGCGGUGCCGGGCUGCCCCCGCCAAGCCCCUGGAGGCCCCUGAUUCCACUGCUGCAGGAGGCGCAGCCUCGAAGCAGAUGGUGCUUGUGUUGGAGCGGGUGUGCGCCACCCUCCUGGGCCUGGAGGAACAUCUGAAUGCACUGGACCGCGCCGCCGGCGACGGGGACUGUGGCACCACCCACAGCUGCGCUGCCAGAGCGAUUCAGGGGUGGCUGAAGGAGGGCCCACCCCCUGCCAGCCCUGCCCAGCUACUCUCCAAAUUGUCCCUCCUGCUACUGGAGAAGAUGGGAGGCUCAUCCGGGGCGCUCUAUGGCCUUUUCCUGACUGCGGCGGCCCAGCCGCUCAAGGCCAAGACUGACCUUCCAGCCUGGUCUGCUGCCAUGGAUGCCGGCCUGGAGGCCAUGCAGAAGUAUGGAAAGGCUGCCCCAGGGGACAGGACUAUGCUGGAUUCUCUGUGGGCAGCAGGACAGGAGCUCCAAGCCUGGAAGAGCCCAGGGGCUAAUCUCCAAAUCCUGACCAAGGCAGUCAAGAGUGCAGAAGCCGCAGCCGAGGCCACCAGGAACAUGGAAGCUGGAGCUGGACGAGCCAGUUACAUCAGCUCUGCGCGCCUGGAUCAGCCAGACCCCGGGGCGGUGGCGGCCGCGGCCAUUCUCCGUGCCAUCCUGGAGGUCUUGCAGAGCCAGGAUGCGUGAAUGCCUCGCUGGGCCUCAGGGCCUCACUCACUGCUAUGCCCAGCGGCCACUGUCACUUACUUCUGCCUUAGAACUGUCGCCCUCCCGCGCACCUCUCGCCCUCGGGGCCUGUCUUCUGAGUUCAGCAGGAAUUCCUCAACCAGCCUGCAGAAUUCCUCCACUGUAGAAACUGCAGGCCCAGAGUGGGUCACUGACCUUUCCCUCUUCAGGGAAGGGGGAGUCCUAGGGUCACCCGGCUCUGCCCCCAGCCAAUUCUGAGCUUCGAUGAUAAGGCUUUUCCCUAGGUGGCAGCACAAUCUUUAACUGGCAACGCUAAUUUGGUUUUAAGACUCCCUGUGAAAGGUCUUCUGCACCUGAACUGAGUGUGAAAAAGCAAGCCAAUAAACCACAUUGAAGCAAAAGAGCCACUGCUUCCUCUAAGGGACCUUUAUCCAAGCGUGUGAACAAGUGGGCCCACUAACGCCCCCGACUGAGACCUCACCCCACCACUGAAAUGCUCAUCUCCCAUCGCCUACCGCCUGAGACCCAAAGGCAGGGUCUGUGCAGCUGGGCCAGCUCCACUGGGGUCCCCAUUCCUGUGCUUCCAAUGCACACACACCUGAUGGGUGUGCUUUUCUCAGCACUAGACCAACAGAAUUCACUGAUUCUUCAGGAAUCAAAUGGGCAAGCGGGUCUCCAAAAGGAAAAGAAAUCACCAUAUUCUAAGGCUCAGCGGUAGAACAGAAACUGUGCCCAGGCCAGCCCAUGGGUCUCUCUAGAGCCAUCACUGAUGGCCCCUGGGAGAGCAGGAGGGGCUGCUGAGUCUACGUGGUGUCUGGUGGAGACCGCACGGUGCACACCUGGCCCAUACUUGGCGCGGGGGGGCGGUUAAAGGCACUGGCAUGGAUUCACUUUAGACAUAGAUACGACUUCGAAUCCUGGUUCUGCUUCAGACUAGCUACAUAAACUCAGGCCUAUUAUUUAGCCUCUUAGGAUCUGUAAAAUCCGAAUGGUGCCCACCUCAUGGGCACGUGGAAAGGAUUCAAAUGAACUGGUGAAGAUAAAGGCCUCAGCAGUCCAGGUGCUUACUCACUGGGAGUUACCAGUAUCACCGAUACGUACAUCCAACUCCUUGAGUCGUCUGCUCCACCACCAGGUGGCCUCAGCUCAUCACACUUGGAAGGGGGCCACCACUUACUUUGCCCAAACUUGGCUGCGGGCUUCCUCAACCCCUCGGCUUCCCUUUUUCUGCCCAGGGUCCCCUGUCCAUCAGCCACACCACAGGUCCCUGACCACAAGGCACAGUUAUCAGUGUGCACAGAUGCACACACCCAGCAGCUGGGAAGGAAACUGGCAUCAGGCACCUGGACUGUGGAUCCCAACUCUGCCAUUUCCGGGCUGGGUGACCUUGGGCAAGUCACUUACCCUUUUUGAGUGUUGCGUUUCAGAUUAUGAAAUAGGAAACAUCUCCUUCCUUGUAAGAUAAUCAAGUGCUCAAGGGCCAUUCACUAUUAAAGACACGCACACGAACCAAGAGUCACAUGCGGUUCCAAGAAGACAGUCAUGCGGUUCUUUGGUGUCUUCAGGUCUGCCCAUUUC